UUCUAAAAUCGUAAGGUCACUUAACUUUCCUUUUUUGUCCUGAAAAAAGUAAGUGAGAAAAGGUUUAUAAAAGGUUGUUUUGUCAUCAUUGUGACAUAGUAUGGGUUAAUUGAUAUGGUUACAUUACUCAUGAAUUAUUACAGUAAUGCUUUUUGAUGUAAUUUCUCCUUAUAUCUUAUUUAGGACUGGUUUAUGAUUGUGGCUACAGUAAGGCUCACUCAGUCCCAGUCUACGAAGGUUAUGCACUACCUCACGCCACCACGACAACUGAACUUGCAGGUCAUGAACUAACCACGUGUCUAUCACGCAUGCUCAGAGAUCGUGGUGUUACCAUGGAAACCCAAGCCGAGCUGGACAUUGUGCAGGAUAUUAAAGAGAAGUUGUGUUAUAUCGUAGUGGACUACGAUAGUGAAAAAAGAGCGUAUAAUAUCGGAGAGAGGAAUGACACCAUUUACACUGUAAGGAUUUUGUUUUGAGCAAUUACACUGUUGCCAUUGCAUGUUCCCAGAUGUUGACAAGUCUGGAACAAAUUAUAACAUCUUGUAACAAGGUUGAUGAGGCCAGCAGACUCGCAACAAGUUGUUCCAACAAGUCUGAUAUCUAGUUAGUUCUUUGUAGGAUUGCAUGGCGAUAAAACAGAUAAUACUUUUUGUUUGUGGGAACACCGCGUAAAUUUAUUACUGCAAAGCUUUCGAUCCGUAAGCCCGGAUCUUCAUCAGUGCUAAUAAUAUGUGACUUGUUCAACUCUCGCGGCCAAUUCACACGUUCAAUUCAAGUCUGAUAUCGUCUGCACGUAUAACAAGUUGUUAACAAGUCGAUGACAACAAGCUCGUAGCAACUUGUUACCAAGAACCUAGCCUGUAUUAGUCUCGUUGGAACAACUUGUAGCAAGUCUGGUGCCGUCAUCAACCUUGUAACAAGGUGACAACAACUUGUUCCAGACUUGUCACACAAGCAGUGCGAACACAUCCUGAUAUCGGCUUCACAACAACCUUGUUACGACAUGUUCUAGACGGACAUUUAAAUAACUUUUUCUCUCUCUAUUUUUAUUCAAGAUGCCAGACGGUCAAACUCUAGCCAUUGGCAGUGAACGAUUCCGUUGUCCCGAGGUAUUGUUCACGCCAUCAAUGGUUGGCAUGGCAACAGACGGAGUUCACGAAGUUAUAUAUAAGACUGCAUUACAAUGUCCUAUUGAUAUGAGGUCAAGUCUGUUUCAGAAUAUUGUCAUCUCAGGUAGGAUUGUAUUCAGAUUGAUUGCUGGCGCCGAAGGUACUCACGUAAAAAUAUCACAUCUUGUCAACAAAAACUGUUUGCAACAGGCAUGUAGCGAGCUUGACAACAAGCAGUGGCUGGCACUUUGCGAAAUAUUAGUUGGGGGUGGGGGCGAUUUUAGAGUCCGGCCGCUGUCAACAGGUGUAACGAUAAACAUCAAAUUGUUACAAGAUUGUGACUUACAACCUGUUAACAAGUUGUUGAAUUGCAGGACGAUAACAAGUUGUUGGAUAACAAGUUGUUGGAACAACUUGUAACAAAUCUGUUGAAUUCAACAACCUUGUAGCAAGUUGUCAACACGCUGGGAACAAUUAGGACGAACACAUAUUGAUAACAACUUGUUGAAUCACAACCCGACAUAUUGUCCAAAUAUUUAGCGGAAAAGUGUCCGACCAAAAUUUGAUUAUUUGAAAGUAUCCGACCAAAAUUAUGAGUUUUAAAUUUAGAGUCAAUUUGUGUUUAAGGUGGCUCGACAAUGUUUUCCGGCUUCUCUCGUCGUCUGCACGUCGAGUUGUGUAAACUGUUAGGUACCAGGACUCCAGACAGCAUCAACAUUAACGCGGUCGAGGACCGAAAUACGCUGACGUGGCAAGGCGGUGCUAUGCUAUCAAAGUUAUCUAACUUCCAAUCAAUGUGGAUUACGUCAUCUGAAUACGAAGAAUUUGGGCCUGGGAUUGUACAUAGGAAAUGUGUAUAGCUUAACUGAUCUGUAAAUUUGUAUCUGGAAUGUUGAUAGCACUGAUCAGUAUAUGUAAAAAGAUGUAAUUAACCUCUGAUUACUGAUUGUAGAAUUCGGGCCUGCUACUGUACCCUAGAAAUGUCUUUAGCGACACUGUCUGUAAAUAUAUGUAAUUGCAGUGUUAAUGGCCACCAUGUUAGACUUGCAUGAUAUGUAUUUAUCAAUUAUUGAAUGAAGCUGAGCGUGAAAUGAAGCAUUAUCAAGCCGAAAUUUAUUUAGAUACAUACAUACAAACUUUAUUUAAACACGUUAGCUUCAACUGCUACUAAAUGUGGUUUCCACGAGCGACGUGGUCAGACAAUGCAUACAUAAACAAUAUACAGGGUGUAUCAUAAAAAAAGGAGACCUUUAGAAAUUAAUCUGUUGUUAAUAGUUUUGUUUGUGGAAACGCCACGUAAAUUUAUUACUGCAAAGCUUUCGAUCCGUAAGGUCGGAUCUUCAUCAAUGCUAAUAUUAUUAGCACUGAUGAAGAUCCGGGCUUACGGAUCGAAAGCUUUGCAGUAAUAAAUUUACGUGGUGUUUCCACAGACAAAACUAUUAUAUAUUUUAUCGCCAUGCAAACAUACAAAGAACUUAAGGCCCUGUACUUACACGGUGCAAUUUUUCAUGCAACUUGUCUCGCAAUGUUUAAAAAAGGAUUUUGAUAAUGCAUUGCAAGAGGUGUUACACGCUGCAAUGAUUUUCAUGCAACUCGCAACGAUAGGGGACAGAGGCAUGCGAAGA